AAAACUAAGCAAAUUAAAAAAAUAUAUGAAGUAGACUUGGGUUAAUUAAGAAGUAACGUGUAAUUAGGUUAGUUGUUUGUAUCAUAAAUAGAAGUUAAUAAACAUAAGUUAUAUUUUGAGCAAAUAUUUAAAUAAAAGGCAAAGAAGGGUUUAACAACAAGACCACAGGUCAGUGAAGAAGCGGUCAUCGACCUCCAACAAAAAUGGACAUAUACAAAGAGGCGGUCUGAUGAAGACAUAGUGAACGUGCAGAAGCACUCCUACAGUAUCGAUCGAUACCGAUUCUCAAACGCCAGACGGUCGCCCAGCGAGACGACUACACAGACCAUAUACCUCCCAAGUGGACGGGCGCAAGUUACGCAGGGCGAAUAGUUUGGCAUCUUACAUAAGUAUCAACCAAGUUUCUGAUCCAAAGAUGGCCAGCUCGGAAAGGAAGGUACCCAUCCGUAAGACGGACUCCCACAUCAUCGACCAGGAAUUCAGCUCCAUCCGGGAACGUUUUGAGGCCGAGAUGAAACGAAUGGAGGAUGAGAUGAGUAGGUUCCGGUCCCAGUUGAUGGAUCGUGAGCGGAAUUCUGUAAGCUCUAGUCAAAGUCAUCGCACCAGCACCAUGCAUUCGUCAAAAUCAACCAAUGAGGGCACCGCGCAUAAGUCCGAGUUUAAAUCGUGGCUGGACGGGCUGGACUCUCCUCUAAUCCACGAGGGAGAAGACGGUAAAGAACUGAAGUUGCGGUUUGACGUGAGUCAGUACGCCCCCGAAGAAAUCGUGGUGAAGACUGUGGAUAACCGCUUACAGGUGCAUGCUAAACACGAAGAAAAGUCAGAAUGUAGACAGGUUUUCCGUGAGUACAACAGAGAAUUUCUGUUACCGAAGGGAACCAAUCCGGAAAUGAUCAAGUCCUCCUUGUCGAAAGAUGGCGUUCUGACGAUCGAAGCUCCUCUACCAGUUGUGGAAGGAUCAAAGGAACGUUUGAUUCCGAUUGAAAAAGCUUAAACAAAAGUCGAAACACAGAAUUCUCUAUUUCGUGAAACAUAUAUCUUUAAAAUUAAUAAGUGGCUUUUCUUUUCAGGCAAAUAUUUUUCUUACCAAACUCAUUGUGAAUUGCCAGUGCUUACCCUUUCAAUAUGAUUUAACUUCCAAUGAUUGGAUAUUAUUUCUUAUGAAUUGAUACAUUGUAUAUUCAGAAAAGCUACUCGUUGCAUUAAUAUAUUAGUAAUAUAUGUCUUUGCAUUCCUCUUGCUUAAAUGUUCACUUUUAUCACGAUAAGUCAGAGAAGUUUGAUUUAAAGUGAUUUGUGAAUUUAAUAUAUUGUUAGAAAAGAUAUGUUACCAAGCAACCAACAUUGUUAGAAAGGAAACACACAUACGCUUAUAUCACAUCUCAUUGUUAACGUAUUUGUACAAUAGAUGAGUGUGACACAGCUCUUAAUAAACAUGCAUGUGCACUUGUGUACAAUGUAGUGAAAACCAGGAGGUGCAUUCCUCAUUUACUUGGUAAGCCUUUUUUCGUCAGUUUUGUGAGAUAUAUUUAUUUGUAUUUUGUGUGUCGUGCAAGUAAAAUAAACGGUAUCAUAUUUCUUCUCAU